AAUCGGCGACAUUAGAGGAUGUGAAGCGUGAUGAUAUUUUGGUGUAUGUGUGACCGGGUGGCGGAGAGUGUGUAGUCCUGUGUCCCUGCUCAGGUGUUGUACGUCAUGGCCUCACCGCAAGUGCUUACCAGACUUGAACAGAGAGCAAUUCAAGCAGAACAUAUGAUUGAGCUGCUCACAAAACAGAUUGGACAGUUGCAGUCUGUUGCUGUAGAAGUACGCAAAGAUCAGUUGAAGAAGGAAAAUCUAGAAUUGCGCAAGGAAGUGGAGAGGCUAAAAAAUUGCUUGCCGAGUCUUGAAAAAUCCCAAGGAAUCACUUUGAAAAGUGAUAAAAAACUUGAGAAGAAAGAGAAGACGGCAGCAGGAGGGGGAGGGAAGCAGCAAGAUGAUAACGUUCCUGUAGAUGUGUCACGUUUAGACUUCAGAGUCGCAGAAACUGUGUCUGCAAAGAAGCAUCCAGAUGCAGAUUCACUCUAUGUUGAAGAGAAAAGUGAUAAAAAACUUGAGAAAAAACAGAAGACAGCAGCAGGAGGGGGAGGGAAACAGCAGGAAGAUAACGUUCACGUAGAUGUGUCACGUUUAGACUUCAGAGUCGCAAAAAUUGUGUCUGCAAAGAAGCAUCCAGAUGCGGAUUCACUCUAUGUUGAGGAGGUUGACGUUGGAGAAGAAAAGACGCGCACUGUAGUUUCUGGCCUUGUUAGGUUUGUUUCACUUGAGGAAAUGCAGAACCGUAUGGUGGUUGUAUUGUGUAACCUAAAACCAGCUAAGAUGCGUGGCAUCACUUCUCAGGCGAUGGUUAUGUGUGCUUCAACUCCUGAUAAGGUGGAGAUUCUGACACCACCAGAAGGCAGCCAACCUGGUGAUCUUGUGGAAUUUGAAGGUUAUACCAGAAACCCAGACUCUGUGCUGAAUCCUAAGAAGAAAAUAUUUGAAACUUGUGCUCCAGACUUGAAAACUGAUGCUAACAAAGUAGCUGUGUAUAAGGGCAUUCCGUUUACUGUUGCAGGAAAGGGAAUUGUUGUAUCACAGACUCUGGCAAAUGUCCAAGUAAAAUGAAUGAAUUAUUUUUUUUUUUUUUUUUUUUUUUAGGGGUCGUCUUUGUAAUACUGGGAUAUUUUAAUUUAAUUUGAUUACUUAGUUAAAUUGUUUAACAUAACGGUCAUAGUUGGUACAAUAUGCUGAACUGUUGAACCAAAAAUGUGUAGUAUGUUUACAAGGGAGCUUGUUACAAAUAAACUUCUUGUCACAUGCACAAUGAAAUCACAUUAUCGUGAUGUAUCAAUGAAAAGUUGGGAGUACGAAGAGAGCAGGCUUGAAUCCCCAUAAUGGCUCCUACAGAUUUUCUCAAUAAAAUUCAUUAUUACCU